CUACCAUAUGUUAAAUGCUCUAUAUAGUACUGCUUGAUAAAAUGUAUUAAAUGUUGUAAUUUAUUAUAUAUUCAUGUGUCUUUUGUUUGUUAAUCACAUUAAGUAGCUUAUCAAUUAAUUUUUCAUUGUUUGUUGUUAAAUUAAUUUUUUAUACUUACUAAAGGACAAGAACUGUAUUAAAGUUUAAGAAUGUUUAGAUGAUUUAUUUGUACAUAUAUGAAGAAUCUCUUUAUAGUAGAAUUAUGCCAACGAAUUAUCCGUAUGAGUAUCAAAUAUGUUUAGACAUGGAACAAAUUGGAGAACCACGCCAAUCCCUGGAAGGGUUCAAACCACUAACAAUUAUAAUGGAAGUUAUUGGAACAACCCUGGUAAUUCUGGUUGCAAUUUGGUGUGGUAGUUAUAGAGGUGGUUUCUCUUGGAGAUCUAAUCCAUCAUUAGAAUUCAAUUGGCAUCCUUUGUUAAUGACUAUUGGAUUUGUUUUCUUAUAUGCCAAUGGUAUGUUAAUAUAUAGAACCCAAAGAAAUGCCAGGAAAAGGCGACUAAAACUGGUUCAUGGUGGUAUAAUGUUAUUCACUGUUGUAUUAGUAGUGAUUGCUCUUGUGGCUGUGUUUGAUAGUCAUAAUUUAAAUGCAGAGCCAAUUCCUAAUAUGUACAGUCUCCAUAGCUGGGUUGGACUUACCAGUGUUAUUUUAUUUUGCUGCCAGUGGCUUGCCGGAUUUUUGUCCUUCUUUUACCCAGGCUUACAACUUCCAUUAAGAACCUCUUACAUGCCUAUUCAUGUAUACUUUGGUAUUGCUGGAUUUGUUGGUGUAAUUGCUUCCUGUCUUCUAGGACUUAAUGAAAAAGCAUUUUUUUCUUUGAAAGACAAUUACUCAAAACUUGUUGAUGAAGCAGUAUUAAUUAAUGUGAUUGGACUCCUGUUAGUUCUUUUUGGAGGAGUAUCAGUCUAUCUUGUAACACAGGAACGCUAUAAACGUUAUCCUAGACCUGAAGAUGAAUCAUUAGUCGCUGGUAACAGUCAGUAAAUGUCAGAAAAUACUGUUAGUUUUCUGUAAAGCUAAGUGCAGCUUGCGUUUGAAUACUAUGUGUACAAUUUUUUAAUUUGUAAAACAUAGUUCAAAUCUGGUUCUUUUAUUAAUUAUGGCGCUAUGAUGGUUGAUAUUUUAUUUGAAAUAAGAACCUUACCAAUUCUUGGUAAGAUUAAGGAUCUCAUAUUUUUUAAUAUUAAUAUUGUUUUUACUUUAACUGUUUUCAUAAUAAACUUUAAAUACUACAAUUAUAAAACUGUGCUAUAUAUGAUUGUAGCAUAUAAAAUGUUAAUUAUCUUAUUUUGAUGUAUAUGUGCAAUGUUUAAACCAUAUAUUACAAUGUAUGUAUUAUUCUUAAAAAGUGUGUAUUUCACAAAUAUAUUUACAAUUUAUUUCAUCUCUUUAUCAUAGUUUUAUCUUUUGCAAUAAUAAACGAAAAGCAACGAGUCAAA